AUGUCUAAACCAUCCGAUAGCUCAACACCAUAUACCAACCUUCCUAAAUGGAACACUACGACGUUCAACGCCAACGACAACAUAAACCGAGAAAUUAGUAUGGCCUACUCAUCUCGUAGGAAUCUUCGGCCCUUCAUGAAAACGUUGGCCGGAAUUCCAUUCGAUACCAGUGCCAUAUCAUUUCAAGGACAUCUCACUGAGUGGCUCAACAGCUGUAAGAGCAUAUUCCGCAUGGAUCGUGAUGACUCUUUCCUUCGAACUCAAGCGGCGAAACUGGACCAAUGGGAUACCUACACUCUAUAUCAAGCCACCACCAGUACACAGCAGCUUUGGGCUAUCCUUGGUCUCACCGAGCAUGCCCCAUCCGGACCCGAAGCUGUAUACUUCCUCACUGCUCCCGCUACGUUCAACCGCACUACACGCAUAUUUUGGCAGCACAUGGUGUUCGAUAUGCUGGCCCAUGUUUCCGGUUACACAGAAGGUGAAGUUCCCAAAGUCGUACCGCAACCUCAUCGACUAUUCGAAAUACAAAAAAGCCAAAGGUUAUAUACGUUGUUCAGCGGUUUCUUGUCUCACUGGACCGACAUGAUCGACACCGUCGCUUCGCAUACACCUAAAGCAAAGGCUUCCCAACCAUGCGAAACACUCUAUGUAGGCCAACCGCAAUACGAGGGUGCAUCAACAAUCAGCAAACAAGCGACACAGUUGGAUACUCAGACUACUGCGUCGAGUACUUCUGUGUCCAAUGCAACACCACCACAUGAUGAGUCCCAGACUACUGCGUCGGGCACACAAUUGGCGGAUUCUGGCAGCUCGACCGCGUCUCAUCCACACAUUCAAGCACAAGAUAUAGCACACGUUCACACCCCCAUCCAUGAUCUCCUAGCGGCCAUGCCAUCCGACAUUACGCAGACAACACGUUUCGCCAUAAAGACCUUACGGACCGUUAAAACCAGAGAGCUCCAACAAACAUGGCCAAAUACGUUGAACAACAUAGCAAUUGCAAGUGUCGCUUUGUCUUGGUUGCUCAAUUCAGAAAUCGAACUUCAUCAACCUAUUGACAUCAACGAAAGCCUGAGAAGAGAAUUGGUCGAGAUGAAGGCAAUGGACAUGAACGAGGACUUAUUUAACUCAGCACCCGAUAAUCAGCUUCUCAUACCUUUUCUACUCGCGCUACACGUAUCUCCCAUCCUUUUACUGGCACCCCCAUCCAAAUGCAUGAACAUGCGCGUAUCAUACCAGCAUCUUUUUGCGCUACGUGUCGCCAUCGGAAACGUCAACAAGCCCAUUGCCAUCGAAAUAAUAGAGGAAGCAAUAUGGCGCGCAGUAAUCAAGGUCACUGUCGGCGUGCAAGUCGAUGAAGCUUUACUCGAAGUAAUAUCGACAUGGCAAUCUACCAAUUUUCAAACUCUCCUACGAGAAGAGCCCCAAGCAAAAACUUGGUUUGAAGACUUACAAAAUGCCACUGAAUCGACUGCACAACCGAUAAAUAAUUCACCUAACCCACACUCCGACUGUGACGACGACGUAGAGGAAGUGGAGGACCCCAGACGUGCAACCAUUAUCAACCAAAUCCGCAAAGCAAUGCCCGCCACAUCUGAAGAUGUCAUAGAUAGUAUAUGCACCGGUAUACUUGAAGACAUGAAGCAAACAGAUGUAAAUGUAGGCCGAGACACCCGACCCGGUAGGUUGACCGAGACUCGACCUCAUUCAUCUACAUCACAUCUUGCCGACAAGGUCGAUACUGUACGUCACAAAACACGCCACACCAACAACAGUAUCGAACACCGAAGGGACGAUACCCCGGUCGCUGCUUCAAUUCAGAACUCGCAUCACAACGUACAGCAAACUGCAUUAGACACAUCGCGCACCCAUACCAUUUCGCCGCAAUUAUCUUCACACCCCUCUUUGAACUCUCAAUUGUGCCCACUCUGUAAUUCGAGACCGUCACAUCCACUGGACAACUGCCCUCUUACCAAAAAUGGUGCAGAUGCAUUAGCGUCUAUCAUCGUUCGACUCGAGUUGGAGAACAAAUCCGAAACCCUGAUAUCGAAUCUCAAGGAGAUAUGGAAACGGAUAACAAAUGAAGUGCACACAAAUACGGUCAAUCAAAGUCAAUACAGCGAACUUGUCGGGACCAGUAUUGAACCAACGAGCAAUGUCGAUUUCGAAGAUUCAUGGAUGAGCGACUACGUGCAUACUGAAUUCAUUGAGACCAGUGGAGCCAGGGCAGAUGGUAACGGCGGUGAUGGUGGCCACAGGACAGACGAUACGGGUGGAGAUGGUGGUGAUGGGGCAGAGGGUGACGGCGGGGCAGACGGUGACGGCAGAUAUGAUGACGGCGGGGCAGACGGUGACGGCGGGGCAGACGGUGACGGCGGGGCAGACGGUGACGGCGGGGCAGACGGUGACGGCAGAUAUGAUGGAGAUGCUCAAAUGUUGAACCGAGAAGAUGGACACAAUAUGGCGAGUCUGGAUAACACAGGCAUGUAUGAAAUUGAAGAUGAGACGGACCGUGUCACAUUUGAUGCACCAAUCCUUCAACUACGCAACAGUUUCGAUGAAUCCUUUCACAAUUACAUACCCGACAGCGAAGCCGGGGGUGAUUUUGAAUGCUCUGACGACGACACAAAUGCCGAUGUACCUGGAACUCCAGAAUUGUUGCAUCACUCAGUGAUCAACGAUAUGCAUCUAUAUCAACCAAUUCACAACUCGGAGGCUGAUUCGGUAUGGACCGAUGAUGAGUCCUCAUCGGAAGACUCAGACGAAGGUGGAGAGAUUGAUAUUGGCCAGUCAGGUUUUGACAUUCCGAGUCCUCACGCUCCGCCAUCAGAUGAGGAACCCUCCCAUGAAUCAGAAGAUUCUGAAAACAAAACAACACCGGAAGAUUCGGAAGACGAAACAGAACCGGAAGAUUCUGAACAUACCCGGUCAUCAGAUGUAGAAGACCGGUUAGGGACAUCAAAUCUAGAAGACGACCACUCAGCAUCUUCAGACGACAGUUCAUCAUCGUCGUCUGUGCAUAAACCGACUACACCAUCUCAAUGGUCACCAACGCCACCACCAGAAGCGACGCCGACAACAGGAGAGGAUGCCCCAGAACCAGACGGAGACGAGACAUUGGCACCAGAAGUAGACGAUACGUUAGCACCAGCAGAGGAGCCAUCACCGCCGUCGAAAGACUGGGAUCUCAAGAAAGAUUUCGCUGAAUUCUUUUCGCCUGUGAAAAGAGAGCCCACCGUUGAACAGGAAAUUCCGACGAAGCUACCAUGGGCCAAUCUUCAGAAGUCGAGUUUGAACCUCACCCUCAAUGUGUAA